UACGUAGACCUUUGGUCUAGGUAGCAGGAACCGGCUACCUAGCCACUGCCUACAAAAAAAUGUAACAGGAGUUGGUUUUGGACACAGCAGAAAAACAGCAGUAUGUGCAGAGAUACCUUAAAGGGUCCUGUGACUAGGUAGCUUGGGAAGGUAAAGUGUCUACCUAGAGAAAGUGUGAAACUCUGUUUAUCAACAAAAAUCAGGGACUUAUGACAGGUUGCUAUGGUAACUCAAAUAAGUGCCACUGGGAAUUUAUGAUUUUGAAAAACUUUAUAUAAGUUUCUUUGUUGAUAGAAGUUUCCCUCAUUGUGCAAACAUGUGUUAGGUAAAAGGGUCUGUGAAAGUUUUUCAAGGAAUAUAGAUUUGAAUAUGGAUGUGUUAAGAAGUUUUGACUAUGCUUUACAGCGGUUGUUUGGACGAGAGGGUUUUGAAUGUUGGAGCCAUUUGGAGAAAUUUGAAUUGGAGAAUGGUGAUGAGGGUGAUGAAGCAGAGGAGGGAGGUCUGGAUGACAACAAGAACAAAAUAGAGCAAUCUGUCCCCACCACCACUGACAGUAAUGAUGAGGUGGAGUCAUCACGAUGUUAUGAAGUCACAGAGGGUCAUAUCCAAAUGCCCCAAUCAACCAGUAAGCCAACAACACCAGAAGAAAAAGUUGCUGCCAUCUUAAGAGAAAUACAGUCUGCAGCACCAGACUCCACAUCUGAUGGCCAGAAGAUUGGAUCUCCUUCAGUAACCUCCCUUACCACACUCGAUAAACAUCCCAUUAAACAAAACGAGGAUGCGAGAAUUGCCGAGUUACUCAACCGUGGUGACACUGCUGUUAUAUACCCAGAACCUGUCAGUGACAGUGAAGAGCAGCAAAAUGGAGAUGAAGCUGCAAGUGAAGAGGAAGAAAUUGUCCUCAAAUGUAUGCACUGUCCACAAACAUUCCUCCGAGCCAUAGUUCUUCGUGACCAUAUGAGAGAGAUGCACUCUGACAAACCACUCAAAUUCAUGUGCCCAAAAUGUGAUGAAACAUUCCACCAGAAAUCCCAGUUAGAUAAACAUCUAACAUUACAUUCUCCAACCUCCCAGAUAUGUAACGUCUGCAACAAAACUUUCGCAAAUGUCUACCGUCUGCAGCGCCAUAUGAUCAGUCAUAAUGAAAGUACAGAUCUACGUAAGUUCAAAUGUCCUGAAUGUGGCAAGGCAUUUAAGUUUAAGCACCACCUCAAAGAGCAUGUUCGAAUUCACAGUGGUGAAAAACCUUUCGUCUGCAACAAUUGUGGAAAAAGAUUUUCGCACUCUGGGUCAUUUAGCAGUCACACAACUUCAAAAAAAUGCUGGGGUCUGUCUGCAACUAAUCGUGGUCGGGUGGGCAGUGAUGCUGCUCAGGGUAUGAACCAAAGUUUGAACCAGGCAGGUCAACCAGGGCAAAAGAUGGCAGUGUCGUUCCCAAACAGCAAUAUGAGUCCGUUUUCACGAUCACCUCUACAGUCAGUACCUGUUACCAUUCAGCAUCAGCAGCAGUUCUUGACUCAUCCAUUUAACCAACAGAAAGCCAUACCACCAUUUUAUUAUCCACCGCAGAUGUUUGCAACACCUGAUGGAUUCCUACAUCCUAUGUAUUCGGCACAUCUUCCCACUAGUUUGGCCAUAGCAAAUCUGACAGGUGUUAAACAUGCUAAUGAGCAACAUAGAGACAGGUCUAGCAAUUCCCCACACCCCUCACAGUCCAGUAUGUCAUCUGCUGGAAGAUCAACGAGAAGCAUGUCACCUCAUAGCCAGUCAACGCGCAGUUUCUCUCCACACAGUUAUUCAGGGAGAAGUGUAUCACCGUCUAGUGUAUUUAGCAUGUCUUCACCACCAAACACCCCAUUACGUAGAAGCACUACUCCUCUUGUGCAGCCAAAGAGAGAAAAUGAAACUCCUGGCAGAGACUGCCCAUCCAGCAGUAGUCCAGUAUCUGACCAAAUCUCACCUGAUGUAAAUUCUAACACUAAACUGCUGCAUAGUAGGGAAAGUGACAAAAACAAUGAAAUUGAUUCCAGCAAAAACUGUAUGGAAAAAGAAGUGGAAUCAAGAGACAGUGAAGCUGAUGCAAAUGAGAAUGUAGGAAGCAUAGAAGUUCAAGAAAAGUGUGAUGUUACAUCGUGUCAAUAUUGUGGUGAAGUUUUUGACAGCCCUGUUUCCCAGCAUCAACAUGAACGAUAUCUAUGUAAACAUAAUAAAGAGAUUGUACAUCAUCGCACAAUGUCCGACACCUGUCAGUCACCUCACAGCACAGUCUCUGACCUAAGUCAUGUGGAGUCAACUACUAAUGGAAGUGUUGGAAGUGAUGAAGAAGAUGUUGAAGAGAUGUAUAGAGACAAUGACAGCACUGUAGAUGAAAAGAGUAUGAGAAUACGUACACAGUUCACAGAGGAGCAGCAGAACUAUUUGAAAGCUCAGUAUCUAAUUAACCCUCGCCCCCGAAAGUUUGAACUGAUCAGAAUGGGUAAUAAAAUUGGCUUCUCAAAACGAGUAGUGCAAGUGUGGUUCCAGAAUAUGCGUGCUAGGGAAAGGAAAUACGGAAGAGAACCAGCCUUCAGUGUUAAUACAGUGCGUCUAGAUAUCCAAGAAAGAGACACCUCUAAAUCCCCAACUUACAUUCCAAAUGUUCCAAAACCGUUCCCAAACUUUAGGAGUAUGAUAAACCUUGGAAAGACGGGACAGUCAAAUCAGCAAAGUAAACCAUGUGCUGGAGAAUCACCACUUGAUUUAACUGUUCGUAAAACUCCACCGUUAGCUCAUGGGGGGAGCGUAUCUCGUCAUUCAACACCGGAAAGUUCUCAUGAUAGUGAAGUUCUCAAUCUUAGCAUCAAGAAAGAUAGUUCAGAAGAACGUGAACAGUCAAUCGAAAAAGACUCUCCCUCUGAAUCAACUGAACGUGAACGGACAAUUAACUCUGCAAAGUCUUUCCAAGACUCUCCUAUUUUCAAGUAUAUGCAACAAGAGGGGAUGUUUGUGAACAAACAACUUUCGCCAAGUUUAGCUCUCACCAUGCAGAAUCAGCUUCUGAAUACGGUUCUCAAGAUGCCGUCGUAUAAACCCAAUGCAGAACUUAAUGUGCCUGAACCAAGUUGUAACUCCAGUAUUCUGUUUGAGAAUGCUAGCAAUGUGUCUGAUUGUUUAUCCAGUUCUAACAGCCUCCAUAGUCAACACCCAGUUUAUACAUUUAGUCAGUCUUCCAGUAACAUGGCUCUCGUCCACAAUCAGGUUUCCACCAGUAGCAGGCUACAUGAAGAUACUCACAACCUGGCUACCCACAACCUCGCAACACUGGCAGAGGCAGCACAACAGGCAGCAGCCUCUAUUUUAACGGGCAAACCAAAACGAAUGCGCAAGAAGACGUGGAGACAGGUAGAUUGCUAUAUGGAAGCUGAAGAAGUACAGCUAGAUUUUGAUGAUUCGGUCUCGACUGAUGAUGAUCAGCCAUCGAAGAAGAAGCGUAAAUGUUGGAAAGCUCACAGGGUUGAUCGUGAUGAGGGAACAUAUGCAUGUGAUCAGUGUAACAAAGUUUUCAGCAAACAGUCGUCUCUUGCCCGCCACAAAUAUGAACAUUCGGGUGCACGUCCAUUUUCCUGUGACAAGUGUUCCAAGUCGUUCAAGCAUAAACACCAUUUGACUGAGCACAAAAGACUUCAUAGUGGCGAAAAACCGUUCCAGUGCAAAAAGUGUGGUAAAAGAUUUUCUCAUUCCGGAUCAUUCUCACAACACAUGAACCAUCGAUACAACUUUUGCUCUCCGAAUAAAACUAGUGAUGGUGAUGGAGAACUAAGUUCACAGGAAUCUCCGUAAUUAUACGUUAUAAACACAAGACUCAUGUUUUUUCUGAGACAAUUAAUAGUUGAAACAGAUAAUGGGCAAGUGAUGAACCUUGUUUCAUACCACAUACUGCUGUUUUAUGUAUUGUGAGGGCUAGAAAAUGUUCUAUUUUUGAAAGCUGAAAGUUUGUAGUGCUUUACGCAUUGAUGUGCUGCACAUAGUGCUGUGUUAUGUCUAGUCUAGUUUGAAGUGCUUCUUGUCACUACUCUUUACAAUAAUAAAUUUUCUAUUUUCUACAAUCUUCUUACAGAGUAAAUUUUGUUGUUAUUAAACAGAUCAUUUCAAAAUAAAAGUUUAACCUAAUGAAAUAUAGUAAGAAGUCAUUCAUUUCAGUACAAACUUAAAACUAAUAUUAAAAUAUGUAAACACAGAAAAAUUAAUGGCAACUUUUUUUUUUGUUUACUUUAUUUUGCAUACAUUCCUUCAACAAUCUAUUCCUGUUUAUUUUAAAAGUUACCUGUAAUGUUUCUUUUGAUUCCUUCCUUAAGUAGUUUAUAAACAUGGAAGAGGAAAAGAAAUUGUUCUUCUAGCAAACACUGCUUACAGUUAGAUGUUGUUCAAAAGGGACCAUUGGCGUUUAAUAAGACAGGAAUAUAUGUAUGUUACAUCAUGUAUAUGUUAUUUGUGGCACUAUGUUUUUUAAUGUUUGAUGUAUAUAAUUGAAGUCUUGAUUUACAGGUUAUAUGUAUAUAAGUUAAUAUUGAUACAAUGUUUUUGUUUUAAAAAAAGAAUGCCUUAGAAUUAGUAACAAAAAGACCUGAUGCCAAAUACUCAGUUGAUAUACCAUAGGGUUUUAGAUUAGAAAAUAGAAGUACUAAUUAGUUAUACUUUGUCUGUUGUAUCUUGUUUUUGAAAAUGGAUUUGAGAGGGACAUCAGUAAAUUUCAAUGAACGAGCAGUCCAUGACAGACAGCUAUAAUUGUAUGUUGUGUGAUAAGUUUCAUUUUAAAAACAAGAUUUCUUAAAUGUCUUCAGUGUACUAAAGCAAUAAUUAAAGAUUUUUUGUUGGUAUUUACUUUUGUAAGUACUUCGUUUUUACAUUUAAUGUCUAGUCCAUACCUUGCAAUACCAUAGUGCAUUCAAGUUCUAGUCUUAAGUUAGACAGCUUAGUGCUUAAUUAUUUACUAAAGGAACCUAGUCUUUUGAUGUUUAAGUUAUUGUUUGUUGACAUGUGCUUUUUGACAUAAUUCAAUAGUGUUUCACUCAUUGUUAAGGGACAUGUAUAUUUUUGACAAAAUUUGGUAGUGUUAGUAUUACUAAACUAAAAACAAGUGUGUUUAUCAAUGAUCCAAGUGCAAAAUUUAAACAUAAACUUCAAAGAUAUAAAAAUAAUCCAAAAGUCAUAAUUAUUUCUUAUAUGGUUUAACAUAUUUUUACAAAACUUUGUCAGAAUAUAGCUUUUUGCCUUUGAUUUCCUAGCAAAAUUUUAGGAGUGCAGGGACAUCAUAUGUCCAGUUGCAGCAAAAUGAAUAUAUUAAUAUAUUUGAGUUUAUAUCUUCAUAUUGGAACAUUGAUGACUGCAUCAUUUUAUAUAUUUUUUGUACAUUUUCAUCUUAAUUAAUCUCUGUGCAAAAGUCUUUUACAAGUCAUGCUUUCAAUACCAACCAUUGUUUUUUCUGAGUAUUUGUUACAGUUAAUUGUUACAUUUUCAGUAUUAUAUUGUUAAAAGUUCAUAUUUCUAAACAACAUGUUCACUGUAGAAAACACAAAAAGAAAACAUUUAUGUUAAAAUGAAACAGACAGUGUACUGGUACCAGACCACAACAACAGUGUACUGGUACCGGACCACAACAACAGUGUACUGGUACCGGGCCACAACAAGGGAAAGUUUUUCACUGACAACAGUAGUCAUCAGUUCAUUCAUUUCUUUUUUUGCUACUCACAUCACAUUUCAACUAAAUUUGCAACAUUUUUGAUGUGCCUUAGUGAACAUGUUGUUUAGUUUAUGAUGUGCACAUUUUAUUAUAAGAAUCUCAUCUGACGCGAAGGUUUAUGCUCACGUGUAACAGAUGAACAACAAAACCCGUUCUUCCAAAACAAUCUGUACAGAGCUUCCAUUGAUGUAGUACUAUCUGUUUGUAUGCGUAGAUUUAGCUUAUGGUUUACUGGUGCCAUUUCAGUAUUUUUACCAUAUUUCCCUUGUGCCAAUUCAGGAACCAUGAUAUUACUUAAUAUGUUUCUUAAUGCCUUUUGAAAACCAAAUUUUUUUGUGAUGUACAGAACUUGUAUUUUGUUAUAAGACAGAGAUUAGAGUUGGCUUUGCAGAAAUUUGCAAACACCAUCUCAGAAAGUUGUAUUUCCACAGAGUAUUAUAUUCAGAAAUCCUUGGGUUUUUAGCUGACCUGAGCACGAAGUUCUCAUGGUGAGCUUUUAGGAUUGCUGGAUGUCUGUCAUCCGUCUAUCCAUCAUCUGUUUGUCCACAAUUUCUUUAAAGAACAUCUCCUUAACUACUAUGCCAAUUUCAACUAAACUUCACUUGAAUGUUCCUUGGAUGGUCCCCUUUCAGAUUCCUUCAAGAAUGGGUUUUCAAAUGCUGACUUGAUUUGAAAAUUAUUUCACAGAAAUGAUCCUUGUGUGACCCUUUACUUGGUUUCUUUUAAAAGUCCUUUAUGUCAGAAAACACUGGCCCUGUUUACAUAUAAUUUCACAGUAAUUUUCCUCAAGUGACCAUCUACCAACUCUGUUCAAGCAAGCUGUUUAACUCAUGUGAGUGAUCUAGGGCCAUCUUGGCCCUCUUGUUUUAAUUUUGAUAUCAGUAUUUUCCUUCAGUGCCAACCGCAUUUUUGCCAAGAGAACAUAAGUCUUCCACCACAAUGAUCUGUUGUUGCCCCUCCCACACAUUAUCACUUCUUUGUCUGCCAAAUUAAACUACUUCCUAUAAAAACUGAAUGGUUUGCUGCAAAUAGUUUAUACAUAGUCAAAACUAAAAGAUAAGUUUUGAUUUUAACAUUGUUUUUAGAAGUUAUAAAGAUGCCAAAUUGGAAGUGUCUUCUAUUUUGAUAAUAGAAGUUGAAUAUUCAUCUAUAAAAACAUAUGAAAACAUCACUUUUUAUGUAUUUCAAUGAGGAAAUAAUAAGAUAAAAUAGAAUACAGUAAAGCUAACACCUUUUAGAUAAACUUCUGGUGUUGAAUUGUGGGUAAAUGAUCAUUUGUUUAUACCAGUAUAUUUAGUUUAUCAGAUUACCUUUCAGCUGACAGUGAUUACUUUGUACAUGCACUUUCUGAAAUUUCAACUGCAGUUAUUUACAAUACUGGAUCUUCAGCUUAUUUACAUUUUUAAACUAAUAUAAAGAUGAGUGACUGAAAAUUUCUGAUCCUAUAUUUAUUACACAGAUAUGCAAUCUCUUAACUUGAAUCUUUUUAAUGACUAUAUAUUGUAUGAAAUGCUCAUAUUUUAUCAGACCGUUUUAAUACUCAAAUGUUACAGCAUAAUAUUUUUACCAUAGAAACAUACAUGUCUGAUGUGCCAAUUAGUUAGUCUUUGUUUUUAUAAUUAGAAGUAAUUUCAUAUGUCAAAGGUAACUUUAUCAUUGUAUGUAUAUAUAUAUAUAUAUAUAUUUUUUUUUUUUUGUUGUGUAUUGUUUGCUUGACCACUUGCUAUAGAAAUGUGUUCUAAAUCUGUCUCUUGCAAUAACUAAAUAUUGUCUAUACAAUAGUUCUUUCCACACAGGGUUUGUAUUCUACACCAAUGCUCAACAAAUUCAUUCAGUUAUACAAAACAAUUUAAUCAGCAAUUUUCUACGGUGAUGAAAUAUAUUGAAGAGAAAACUAACUUUUUCUUAAGUCACAUUAAUAUUUUGCUUUUCAGCAGAAAAAAUUAUAGUAUACAAAUAAUUUAAAACCAAUAGUUACUAAUUUCCGUGUUUAUAUGCAUGAAUCUUAAAUAAAGACAGCUGAAAGAAUGAUUUGAUUUUGAACACAAUAGCAUGAAGCUUUUGGGCAACUAUAAUCAAAAGGCAUGAUGUUAGAGUAGAAUUGAUAUUCAUUUAGAUUAUAACUUGUAGACACCAAAUUAGUAGUUAUAUCUAAAAACUGAAUUUGUGACAAUUUUCAGUUUUGAACACACCUAAUACACAGGCAGUUUUGUGCUGUGGUGAUUUGCCAGUCAUAUGGCUUUUAAAAUCUGAAAUCAUGCAAAUUUUCAACUUGUGUUCUUAAAAGUGUGAAAAAAGAAAAUGUCACAUUUACAGUCCCUAGUUCAUGUAUUAUAUGUUCCAAGUACUCAGAUUAUUCCAAUGUGCCAAAGUACUAUCAGUAUUCGUAUAAACCUGUCCAGGUGAAUUCUGUAUGUGCCAAACUAUGUAUAUGUGUUGUUUUUUUUCACUUUUAAUGUACACUGGUCUGGUUCUCAUGUUUUAUAAAUGAGGAUUUUAUUUUUCAUAGAAGUUUGGAUUAACAGUCUGGAGUACCCUGGUUUACAUCAGUCAUGAAACAAAUUUAAGUCUUAACUAAUUUCUGGGGGGGGGGGGGGGGGGGGGGGGGGGGAUAUUGUAUUCAUUUCAUUACAAUCUAAUUAUGACUAGUCCACCUAUUUCAAAUAAUGUUUACCUUUACCUGUUCUACCCAAACUAAAGUUGGAGUGUACAGUCUUGAGUUGUUAAUUUUUGUAGCUCUAGAAAUAAUGGAAAAUGUUGAAACUCUUGAGAAAGGAGAUGAACUUGACCAUGCCAGUGUGCAGUCCUUUCACAUGCAUGAUACUACCGGUAUGUAAUUUUUGUCUUGUACCAUAAUAUAUUAUGUAGAUCUUUGUCUAUUUAUUUGUGUAUAAUUCUUGUCUUUUAUUCUUGAUAACUGCCUUUUGACAUAUGAAAUAACACAUCUGUUUGUUCAGUAGAAUUUAUUACAAUCCUAGAUAUAUUUGAAAGCACUUGAACAAAGUUAUCUAUUUAGAGACAAAUAAUUAUGAAAAUAGUAACUAAAUUCCAGGAAAACUAGCCCAUCUGAUGUCAUCAGUGAUGUCACGAAAAUGUAAAUAAUGGAACUUGUGAAUGUUGUUGGGAAUUAGGAAACUUAUUUUCCUGGAAUUUAGUUGAUAUGUUGCAUGUGUUCACAAAUGUCAUUUUGUACAUAUCAAUGAAACUGUUUUUCGGUGAAAAUGAUUUAAUCAGAUGGUGCAAUAGGUUUGUGUGUAAGUAAAAUGACUACCAACUAUGAUGACUGAACUAUGAAAUUAUGCAAGACACCUAGAUGUCAUGAAAUACAUUAACACAGCUGCUUUUGUAUAUUUUUGCAAAUUUGAUGAAAAGGAUUGAUUUGAGUGUGACUUCUAGUCAUAACUUAGUAUGCAAUAUGAUGUGUAUAAUAGUAUAUGACAUUUGCAUUUACAUUUUAUUCUUUUAAACUUGUAGUUUCUAAGAAAAUCUGAAUUUUAAGUUUAAACAGUUUAUUAUUUUUUUUUUUUAAGAAAAAUGUUAUUAAACUUCUUGCAAUUAGUUUAUGUAGACUACAGGAUGCAGUUAGUUUAUGAUAAAUCAUAAAAAUAGUUGCUGAUCCAAACUGAUAAAAAGUUAACAUAGUUCAAUUAUCUUAUGUAAAUAUUAGGAACAAAUUCUAUAUUUUGAAGCUGAAAAAAUCCGGUUGACUCCCUUUUGAUCUUGUUAUCUUGUUAUUACUGUGUAGGGACAGGAUAGGAUUAUAUGAUUGUAAAAGUAUUUCAUCUGGCAUGAGGUAUUCAGGCAGACAGAAAACAAAUUAGAGAAUUUGUUUAUAAGUUUGUUACAAGGACCAGAAUUUAGAAAGAAAAAAUUCAGAAUUUUGAUUAAUAAAAAGGAACAUCUCUUAAACCAACUAUCACCUAUUCUUUCAUAUUUUUUAUGCCAGUAUGUUUUUUUACUGUGGAAAGUUCCUCUCCCCAUGUUUUUGUUCAUACUCAGUUUUGAUGUUGUUGCAGGCUAUUUAGAUAUGAAAUGAUAUUUUGGCUGUAGAUAUUGUGUGAGCUUCCUUUGAAAUUUAAAUAGUUUUCUCAAGAGUUACAAGGACCAAUUUCAUAUUAUAAUUCCAACAGUGUUUGUACAUAUAUGUAGAUUAUUAUUUGUUUUAAACAGAUAGCUAUAUAAGGAUAUUUGUUUUAUUAGUGACAAAUAAUGUGUGUGUAUGUGGACAUGUCAUGUUAAAAUGUACCCUCUAGCAGUUGAAUAUUUCAAGACAUUUGACAUUUAAAGAAGUAAAGAACAGUAUUUUUUUACACUUGUACUUAACUCAAUCUGUUUUACAGCAUUUUUGUCUCCUUUUUAAUCUCAGAUUACACAUAAGAGCUUUAUUGUCUUUAACUAAACAUUCUAUUUUCAGCAUAGCCAAAAUUUUGAAAUUUGAAAAAUUAAAAUAAAAAGUUAAACAAGAUGGUAUAUUUUACUGUGACAGCUCACAUGUAUAUCAGCUAAUGUCAGAUUUCUUGCCAGUUUCUAGUAUUUAUUAUGUUUUAUAUUAAGAUGGUAAGUGCAUGCAUCACUUGUUAGAUCCCUCACUGUGCUUCUUUUAUCAUGUUUUAUGUAGUUUAUAUAGUGUUCUAUUAUUUAAUGAAAAAAAGCUUCUUUGUUUUGUUGCCCCCUUUUAAUUUUGCUCAGAUCAUUUUAGAUAUAUGUAUAUUACUAUAGAAGAAUAUGAUACAAAUAAUUUUUAUCUUGAUGAAAAAAGGUUGAUAUAGGUCUAUUUAUAUGUGUAUUUAGAAAUCCAUACAUGCAGAAGUGACAUAGACUGAAUCUAUAACUUCUGUAUUGUUGAUUCUGCGAAACAAGUCACUUGUGUAAAUUUUUUCAUUGAUCAGUAACUGAUCUGUUAAAAUUGACAUCAACAUUCUUAUGGUUAUUGUCAUAAAAUUCCCUGAUUGUGAAAUAGGCCAAUUUCAACCUAUAGUAUAUUUGCUAUAUGUGUGAAUGUGUAUGUGAACAGUAUAGAUAUAUUUUCAUCCAUAAGUCUAUGCUUCUCAUAAGUCUAUGUCACUGAUAAUUCUAUAGUGUAUAUGUGUAAAGAAAGUCUAGUUGAAUCAACAGUUUAAUAUUUUGGCACAAUUUGUCUGUUAGUCUAGAUAACAGUUUUUAAACCUUUCAUAAGAGACAUAUACAGACUUAUGAGUGAAAAUAUUCGUUAGUGUGCUAUGUAACUGGUAAAGUGAUGGGACUUUCUGUCUCCAGACAUCUAAAUAAAGUAUUAUCGUGUAAUAUAUGACCAUCAUUUUCUCUCCUAUAUGUUGUACAAGUGAAAUACGUGUUGAAUAUAUCUUGUUAAGAUAUGUUUUGAGCGUUUACAAAACAUGUUAUAUAUGUUGUAGAAGAUUUUGACAAAAAAGACAAUUAUUUCCAUUCAGUUUUUAAGUAUACAAAAUAUAGUUGUGUUUUUAUUUUGAUAAUUAGACAAGGACAUUUGAUAAAUAGAAGUAAAGUCUGGAUAAAAGAAUUGUUCUUGUUGCAAAAUACUGUUGGAGAGUUUAAAGUAUCAGGAAGAUAUAUAAUUAUUUCUGUUAAGAUUUAGCUACAGCAGCAAGUUUAAAGAUGAUACAUUUAAGUAGAAUAUUAAUUUUAAAAGCUGUUGAAAGAUAGAUAUGAAAUAUAGGAUACAGUAAUUAGAACACAAAUAUUCAAAUCAAGAGUGAUUUGGUUUUCCUUUUGGUUCAUUUGUUGACAAAGUUAUAUCACUGUAGUUUUGUUUGACAUAUUAUGGCCUAGUAUUGUGGUCUAAACAUUUGUACACUGAAAUGAAUGUGAAAUAUAAAUCAAAAUGUCAGUUAUAUGAAAUCAAUAAACGUAUGUGUAUUAAAA